UUUUUUCGUUUUGAUUAUAGAGGAAAUGCUUAAACUUGGGAUUUCUUGAGGAAGGGAAAAAAUUUAAAUAUUAGUUGAGCUAUAAAAAUAUAUUCCACAAAAAUAGAAAUUAGCAAUAGGCAACUUGUCAAGAGAAUGGUGGAUUGCCCAAAAACAGAAGCAUAGUAGUGUUUGUACAAGAUCAAAUGAAAAAUGUCCAUUGGAGGUUACCUUGCUCACUUUGGCAGUUAGAAACCUGAAAAUUCCUCACCCACUUUCUUUCUUUCUCCAUUAAAAUCCAUUGAAUUCACCAGCGCCACCACCAUACCAUUUCUACGGAGAUAAAGGAAAACAAGAAACCAAAGUACAGUUCCUUUCAAAGAAAGAGACACAUGCAAGAACAUCAUCAAGAAACGUCAAACAUGUCAAGAGAAGACAUAGAAAGAGGAGGAGGAGUUAAGAGCAGAGGCAACAGCAACAACAGCAACAGCAACAGCAACGGCAACGGUUACUUAUCAACUCCAACAUAUCUGAUAGAAGAUGCAGAAGCUCAUUACUGGACAUCAUGGCUUGUACCUAUGUUUGUGGUGGCACAUGUUGUUGUCUUCAUUGUUGUGAUGUACAUCAAUAAUUGUCCUAAACAUUUACAUACAAGAUUUGAAGGGAAGUGUGUUGCAAGGUUUCUUGGGAGGUUUUCUUUUGAGCCUUUGAAAGAUAAUCCUCUAUUUGGUCCCUCUUCUGCUACGUUAGAGAGAUUGGGAGCUCUUGAGUGGACCAAGGUUGUACACAAGCACCAAGGAUGGAGGCUUAUCAGUUGUAUCUGGUUGCAUGCUGGUAUUAUUCAUCUUCUUGCAAACAUGCUGAGCCUGGUCUUCAUUGGCAUUCGUCUCGAGCAGCAAUUUGGGUUCGUUCGCAUUGGAAUUGUUUAUCUUUUGUCAGGAUUUGGAGGUAGUGUGCUUUCCUCUCUAUUUAUUAGAAACAGCAUCUCUGUUGGUGCCUCGGGUGCCCUUUUCGGGCUUCUUGGAGCAAUGCUUUCAGAACUAAUUACAAACUGGAGCAUCUACACCAACAAGGCUGCAGCUCUGUUUACACUUCUGGUCAUCACAGCCAUUAACCUUGCAAUAGGAAUUUUGCCACAUGUUGAUAAUUUUGCCCAUAUCGGUGGGUUUCUGUCAGGGUUCCUCCUAGGCUUUGUUCUGCUGCCCCGUUCACAAUAUGGUUGGCAAGGGCGUCGGAAUCUUCCCUCCGGUGUUGGCUUCAAAUUUAAGUUGAAGGCUUACCAAUAUGCUCUAUGGUUGGUUUCUGUGGCGCUGCUGAUUGUAGGAUUCACAGUUGCAUUGGUGAUGCUGUUCAAGGGAAAAAAUGGAAAUGAUCAUUGCCAUUGGUGUCACUACCUCAGCUGCGUACCUACUUCCAGAUGGAAAUGCAAUGAAAACAACCUGUAGUGGGGUAGAAGGUCGUGGUUUAAUUUAUGGGUUUAAAAUUUCAAUUUCCGUGUGUAUAAAUUUGUAUAUGUAUCCAUAGUUUUAGCUUAGAAACUACUUUAAUUCGUUGUU